GCGGGGAGAGGCCGCCCCGCCCCGUCCCGCCCCCGGCCGGAGGCGCGUUUGGUUCCGCUUUGCCCCGCGCCCCCGCGGGGUGGCUCGGCUGCUGCUGCCGCCGCGGGCCGGAGGAGCCGCCGCCGGGACUAACACAGCUGCUACUCUGAAACCUUGUGACCCUGUGAUCAAAUCAGCAGUGCUGCAGUGAUUAUCUUACCUCCUUACUUUAAUGAAGUCCAGAGGCUUCCUUUGUCACCCAGGAAUAUCACUACUUGCCUCCAUGUGAUAAAGAUAAGUGGCUUCUGGAGUUUGCUAGACUCUGAUGCUGAGCUCAGCAGCACUGGUCUGGGGACUAAAGGAAAGAUCUAGAUGUGUCUGUGGGUGUUGUGCCCCAUCCCCAAGUUCUUUUCUCCAGCGCAUGUUUCAAGCAAGAAUCAGGAGUGGUUCUUUACGUCCAGCCUCUUAACUUUCUAGUGAAAAACUCUCUUUCAACUAUGGGUGAAACGUUUUCCCAGUUCUGGAAGGUCUCUGUCCAGAAGGAGAGGGGAGAGAAAUCGAUUCUGUGCAGGAAAUCGGCUGGUGAGGAUGAAGUCACCAAUUAUGGCACUAUCAAUGGAGGAGACUCUGCCGCAUCCUGCAUGCCCUGUGUAGGCACUGUGAGUCGGGGCUGCAUCAACUGCCCAACGUGCCAGGGAACGGGAAGAAUCCCCAGGGAGCAAGAGAAGCAGUUGGUGGCUCUGAUUCCAUAUGGUGACCAGAGGCUGAAGCCCAGACGAACGAAGCUCUAUGUGUCCCUUGCUGUGACGAUUUGCCUGCUGAUGUCAUCUCUCAUCAUAUUCUUCCUGUUCCCUCGCUCCAUCGCUGUGCAGCCCGCAGGGCUGAAUGCCUCCUCCAUUGCCUUUAAUUCCACCAUUUCCAGUAUCGAUCUCAACAUGACAAAUGUGUUGAAUGUAACCAACAACAACUUCUACCCAGUCACUGUCACCCAACUGGACAUUGAGGUCUUACACUUGUCCCUGGUGAUAGGGAAAACCACCAAGAAGAACCUCCUGAAUAUCGGCCCUUUGCGCAGCGGCCAGAUAUAUUAUACGGUCUCCAGUCUUAUACAGGACUAUAAUACCUACAACAUCUGCACCUGGAUCAAAAUUAAAGUCCACAACGUUCUACUGCACUUACAGGGCACCCUGACCUGCUCAUACCUGUGCCACUCGGAGCAGCUGGCUUUUGAGAGCUACCAGUAUGUGGACUGUAGAGGGAAUGCAACGCUGCCUCACCCGCUGUACCACCGCCCACCAUGACAGAGUCACUGGACGAUGACAUUCUCCUGUCGCAAAGGCAAGUUGUACCAGGGACAUAGCAACUCCAGGGGCUUCUCUUCCAAGCCACUGUGAUUUUAAACAGGACAUUUGGCUCUCCCUUGGGAGGAGACUUUCAAUCUGCUGCUGUCUCCUGGUCACAGACUGACAAAAUUUCAUGAACUUGGAACAUGCUGCUCUGAGUUUGCAAUUCCCAUUUGUAACUUGUAUGGUGGUUGGUGUCAGCAGAUUAUACACUGUAUAGGGAAAUUGUUGUAUUAGCUGAUUCAGAGAACUCUGCUAGGUUGUUAGCUACCUUAUCCUGUGCAGUAUUUCACUAGGGGAGGCUUGUUGGUCAAAUCAGCUCUUCCUGCCAAAUAACAUUUUUGUGCCUGUGCCCUGUGGUGUGGACGCUCUUGGCUGGAGAGUGCCUCUCCUAGUGAUUCUUGGAUUGCAAUUACACCCCCAGCUCUGCAAAGCAGGGAGAAACCCAGUUUGAACUGACAUCUAAGAACCUCUGGCUCUUAAAUAACAAGCUCUGAAUAAUGUGCUAAAACUAUGCCUGGUUUGCACAGAGAGAGGUAAGGGUGGUGUAGUGGAUGUUGGGCCAAGUUCCUCUGCUAGGGAGGCUGGGUAAGUAUGUUCAUUCCCUGGCUUUUCCUAAUCCUACCAGAGGGAUUGUCUCGCAUGAAGGGUUGUGCAGUCCAGAUCGAUGCAGCAGCCACGGUCUGUCUUGUACCCAAAGUGAUCAAACUGUGCCAGAGCAAGUGCAUCCUUGCAGCGUGGAGGGCGGGAGGGGAGGGAGGGAUUGCUACUUCCCAGAGGGCGGAGGGAGGUGAGGAGCCCAUCAUGCAUUCUCCACACAGCACAUUCCAUUUUUAAGGAGGAGUAUUAACUGUAUUAAGGAGUUGAACUUUAACAAGUGGCAGGAAUCUUACUUGGAUAAGAAAAGCUCAGUUCAUGCAAAUGCCAGGAAACAACAGCUGCCGUUUAUACCUAUUUGUAGCAUUUUGUAUGAGGGGAGGAUCCCUGGCUGCUCUUCCACCCUCUCUCCAGAGACUGGUAGGGUGCAGACUCAUUCGCUGUAGGAACAGCUCAGGCAGAGGACGCACACUCACGUUACUGCCUGCUAGACCCCUGGGCGUGAGCACCCUCCUUAGAUCCCAGCGUUGCUAAUGGUUGGCACGUUCUGCCUGGACGGAUGUAUAGAAAUUGCUGGGCAUAUGAUCUGACCCGGAGCGGCCCAGCAUUGCCCUAAACACCUCUCCAGCCAGGUGAGACAUGGUGGGAAAAGCAACUCGCAUCAGAGUAGCUGGGAGAGGAAACCUUUGUGCCUCAGCAAAGAACUAAUCACUGUCCACCAGACCCCUGCCCCUGGGGUGGCACUCUCAGCAGAGACGCCAAGGGGCCUGACCUUCCUGGAGGUCCCAGCAGGGCAGUGUGCUGUAGCUUGCCUUUCAUCUACCUGCUCUGUGGAUCCAAAGGGCAGUCUCCAGGGCUCCCAAACUAGCACAUUUCAGCAGACACACGUUAAUCAUUAAAUGUCUUUUCUGGUUGUUUAUGUGUUCCAUUAAGGUUGCAAUAGAUUAAAUCCCUGCCUGAGGAAGCACCUUGCGUUCUGAAAGCGUCACUUGUCUGUUGGCUCUUGUCCUUCUCCGUCGUCUCUCAAUGUAUGUUUGUAUUUGCUGUGUUGUUGCACCUGCUCUGCUAUUCUCUUCUUGCUGUCUCUGGCACGGCUGUGCCCGUUACAUGCCUGCAUCAAUCCGUUCACAAAUAAAAAGGGCGUUGUAAAAUCAGA